CCGGACCGAUCCGCUGCUUCUCCCCGCUGCUCACACCUCCACGCCCCGCCAGCUGCGGGACUCUCUCUGCUGCAGCCGCUGGAUGCACCGUCAGCCACGGGAAUCGAACCUGCACCGCCAGGGCCAGGUUGAUGUCUCCUCACAGAGCGCCCCCAGGGUCGCUUUCAAGCCUGACUGCUGAUCGCUCGCCACCUCUGUUAGCCUCUUGAGCGAGUCGAUUGGUCGCCCCCGGCUCUGCGAGACAGCGCACAGGUUCCGCUGAGCCCUGCCUGGGCAGGACUGCUCCACCAUGGACACUGAGUCCACCUACUCGGGCUAUUCCUACUACUCUGGACGCUCCCGGGGAUCCCACAGGCAUGGGGAGCGCAGCCGGGACCGCCACAAGCCGCGCAGUAAAGACAGCCGCUCAGAGAAGUCUGUGACGAUCAACACGCCGCCUGCAGAGCCGCUGCUGGGGGACUCGGCUGUGAGGGGGGAGCAGGUCCAGGAUGACAACUGGGGCGAGACCACCACGGCCGUCACCGGCACAUCAGAGCACAGCCUCUCUCAGGAGGACAUCGUUCGCAUCACCAAAGACCUGGAGGACAGCGUGGGGCUGGACUGCCGCCGCUACUUCACCCUGACCCUCGCCGUGAUCCUGGGGCUCCUGGUGUUCCUGACGCCGCUGGCCUUCCUGGUGCUCCCCCACCUCCUGUGGCCGGACAAGCUGCAACCCUGCGGCACGGCCUGCGAGGGCCUCUUCAUCUCCGUGGCCUUCAAGCUGCUCAUACUGCUGCUGGCCGUGUGGGCGCUCUUCUUCAGGUCGCCACGGGCCGGCCUCCCGAGGGUCUUCGUCUUCAGGGCGCUGCUCGCCGUGCUGGUGCUGCUCUUUGUGGUCUCCUAUUGGCUGUUCUACGGAGUGAGGAUACUUGAAUCUCAGGACGAGAACUACCAGGGAAUCGUGCAGUACGCCGUGUCGCUGGUGGACGCUCUGCUCUUCAUCCACUACCUGGCCAUCGUCCUGCUGGAGCUCCGGCAGCUGCAGCCCUGCUUCUCUGUGUGCGUCACCCGCAACACGGACGGAGAGACGAGGCAAUACAACCUGGGACAGCUCAGCGUCCAGCGGGCAGCUCUGGCCAUCUUAGAGAACUACUACUGCGACUUCUCGCUCCACAACCCGGCGCUGCUCUCCGCCUCCAAGUCCCGCGCCGCCAAGCACCUGGCCGGCCUCAAGGUCUACAACGUGGAUGGUGAGUUCCCAGCAGCCCCGGCUGAGGGCCCGGGGAACAACGCGGCGGCAGGUCUCGCCCACUCCCAGUCCCGAGCCAUGAUCGCGGCCGCUGCCCGUCGCAGAGACUCCAGCCACAACGAGCUGUACUACGAGGACGCGGAGCACGAGAGGCGUGUCCGCAAGCGCAAAGCCCGUCUGGUGGUGGCAGUAGAGGAGGCGUUCACACAUAUCAAGCGCAUGCAGGAGGAGGAGCAGAAGAAGGCUCCCGGGGACGUGAUGGACCCGCGGGAGGCGGCGCAGGCCAUCUUCCCCUCCAUGGCCCGGGCCCUGCAGAAGUACCUGCGGACCACCAAGCAGCAGCACUGCCACAGCAUGGAGAGCAUCCAGCAGCACCUGGCCUUCUGCAUCACCAGCAACAUGACGCCCAAGGCCUUUCUGGAGAGCUACCUGAACCCGGGUCCGACCCUGCAGUACAGCCGCGACCACUGGAUGGCGCGCCAGUGGACGCUGGUCAGCGAGGUGUCGGUCACCAGCGGCCUGAGCGACGGCACCGUCUUCCUGCUGAAGUGUGUGGACUUCAGCUUGGUGGUGACGUGCAAGAGGAUCCCCUACAUCCAGAUGUCGGAGGAAUUCAUCGACCCCAAGUCUCACAAGUUCGUGCUGCGGCUACAGUCCGAAACCUCCGUGUAGGACCACUCUCGAACUCACUGUUUUUUGUAUCGCUCUCAAAUGUUUUCAUUCUGGGUUUGCAGUUUUUAUUUUUACUUUUUUGACAUUUUUAUAUAUUAUAUAUGAAUCUAUAUAUCACACACAUGUUUGAAUAUAUUGAUCUUUUUAUGUUUGAUUGGGACGAAAAGAAGAAAUCAGCACAGGAUUGUGUUCACAGGACUUUGGAUGCGUGGACUUGUGUGCACGUACUUUAUGUGUGUGUGUGUGUGUGUGUCACAAUCACUCAUUCCUUUUGUGUUUGAAAUGCUGGAGUCAAACGAGAUGGGAACAUUGGAGGAUUCUGACGUCCCCACAGAGACUUGUUUUUUUGCCUCUGUCACUUUAUAUCCAGGGGUCAGACGCCAAAAUCUCAAAGAACUGGAUUUUCAUUUUUGAAGUGCACGACAAAUAUCUCCCCUCCUCUGCCAUCUCGUCUCCAACAUUUGAAAGUACCUGGAUGCUUUAAAUGGUUUUCUUCCUCUUGAUUACCCCCAAAAAGAGAAAGAAACUAAAUUUCAAUCAGAUUUUGCAGUAAAUGCACAUUGAUGUGUGUUUGUGAAUGAGAAGAAAAUACUUUUUAUUCAAAGUUCUGGAAUGAAUCGUCUC